AUGUAUUUCAACCCGUUGAUCCUCUCAACUGCCCUUAUUUCCUUCUGCGCCUUCGUUCACGUUCAUACCCCCGAGCUUAUCUACCGAGGCGAGAGCCGUAACCCUCGGGAGAUCAAAGCCACGGGAGGCUUCUUAGCCCGCGGCGGGCUUUUCGGAGUUCCCAAAGACGACAAUUUAAGCUACGGCAAACUUUGGGUCAGUGGAGCGUGGUCUCAAUAUCAAACAUACGUCUACUAUAUAAACACCGACUUAAUUAACACCGAAAUCGUUGACGUGGCCGCGGCUUAUCAAAAUGAUAAUCUCGUGUACCCUUGUCCACACCAGCAGGAGUUUAUGGUGCGAGAUAGAAUCCCAUGGGCCGCGAUUGUAGGCUGGGAUAUUAUGCAGCACGGCACUGUUCUUUCGCACGGACUCCCAGGAUCCGAAGAUUAUGUCAAAUAUACCAAUCCCGCCCCUCGGCCACGAGUCCGGAGAACUGUAUCAAGUAGUACAACAUACGACACACCGGGCCACCCAACCACAAACGUCUGCCACUGGAUCCGCUGA